GCUCAUCAAAAUUAAAAAAAGACACGCAUAAAAACGAAGAGAAGCACUUUGGUCAAUAUUGAUGGCUGGUCAUUGUUGGCGAACCAUACGUCUCAAAUUUGGGAACCUGAACAGUUGUUUUCUUUCUUCCCUUCCGGGUGCCCUGAAAAUCCUCCCAACGGUGCCGUUUCACUCCAUUCCCACCGGAAACUUCCAUCUUUCUCAUAUUCCAGUUUAGUUUCGGCAUUUUUUAUUCACCAACCAGUCCAAUGGAUUUGUUCUCACUCAUCAAUCUGUUGAUGCUUCUCCUCUCCAGAAAGGAUAACGAUGUUUUCUUGAGUUUUAGCCACCAUGACAUUGGCAAGAAUUUUGGUGAUCAUCUCUACAAAGACCUCAAUUCUGCUGGGAUUCGCACUCUUAGAGAUGAUGGUGGAAUCUACGCAGGACAAAAGUCUGAUAUCAAGAAACCUAUACAGGAAUCCAGGAUAUCGGUUGUUGUGUUCUCUAAAGACUAUGCUUCUUCAACAAAGUGCCUGGACCAGCUUGUGCACAUCAUGGAUGCCAGGAAUGAAACUGGGCUCGUUGUGCUUCCCGUUUUUUAUAACGUUGAUCCGUCGGAGGUCAGUGAACAGAAGGGGUUGUUUGAAGAAGCGUUUGCUAAACACGAAAAGAGCUUCCAUAAGGAAAUGGCUAGAGUGGAAAGUUGGAGGGCCGCUCUUAAAGAAGCCGCAGACCUGGCAGGAAUGGUGCUGCAGCAAGACAGCUUCCGCGGCAAAGACACUCGCAGGAACUUCACCGACCACCUGUACAAAGCGUUAUCUAGAGAAGGGAUUCCCACUUUCAGAGACGACGAUGGAAUACGGAGAGGAGAGAACAUUGAGUUAGAAAUCAAGAAAGCAGUUCAAGAAACAAAACUAUCCAUUAUUGUGUUUUCUAAAGAGUACGCUUCUUCGAGAUGGUGUCUUGACGAGCUAGAGAUGAUCAUGGAACGUAGAAGAACUGUUGGGCACAUAGUGUUUCCAGUUUUCUACGAUGUUGAUCCAUCUGAGGUGGGGACCCAAACAGGGAGGUAUGGUGAAGAGUUUGCUAAGCAUGAGAUACAUUUCAAGGACCGGGUGGAGGGGUGGAGGAAGGCUCUUAAAGAAGUUGCAUACAUGGAAGGAAUGGUCUUAGAAGACGGGUACGAGUCAAAGUUCAUAGAGUCGAUUGUUAAAGAGAUCGCAGAUAAACUCAACCUCUCACUGCCUUGUCAAUAUAUUCUCUUUUAUUUCAUUUUU